AUGGAUGGAUCAAAUGGUGGUUCUAAUGCUCCCGCGCCUUUUCUGGUGAAGACUUAUGAGAUGGUAGACGAUCCUUUGACGAAUCCUGUUGUUUCUUGGAGCCAUACUGGGCAUAGUUUCGUUGUGUGGAAUCCACCAGAGUUUGCUCGAGAUUUGUUGCCUAAGUAUUUCAAGCACAAUAAUUUCUCCAGCUUCAUUAGGCAACUCAAUACAUAUGGUUUUCGAAAGGUUGAUCCCGAUCAAUGGGAGUUUGCAAAUGAAGAAUUUCUUCGCGGACAGAGACAUCUUUUAAAGAAUAUACACCGGCGUAAGCCCAUACACAGCCAUUCCGGUCAAGGAAAUGGAGUUCCAUUAACUGAUGUAGAAAGAGAGGAUCUAGAAAAGGAGAUUGACAAGCUAAAACACGAGAAGGUUCUGCUUGAGUCAGAGGUUGAGAGGCGUGUACAGGAGAAUCGGGGAUACGAAUAUGAAAUUAGGUCAUUAGGUCAGAAGUUGCAAAAUAUUGAUGACAGGCAGCGGCAGUUAAUGACAACCUUGGCCCAAAUGUUGCAAAAACCUAGAUAUGUCUCGGAUAUCAUGGAACAGUUGGAGUCAAAUAACAAAAAGAGAAGGUUAUUAGCUUUGAAUUAUUUGCAAGAUGAAGCCACCCGAGGAGAGAGCCAAAUUAUGACUUUCCGAGCAGAUAAUCCAAGAACUCUAACUCUUCCAUUGUUAAACUCGGAAUUAGUUGACAAGUUGGAUUCAUCGCUGAACUUUUGGGAAAAGUUUGUUAAUGAGAUUGAUCUAACUCCGUCUGAAAAAUUGCAAGAUUUGAGUGUGCUCCCACUGCCUUCACCAGUCACUAUUACAGAAAUGCCUGUAUCGUCUGGAGAGUCGGAUUUAAUUGGUCAAGCUUGCUCACCGAACUGUAAUAUAUCCUCAUCGCCUUCAAGAGAUCUCCAUUCUUCCCCUGAGCUGGCUGCAUGUUCGACACAUGUUGACAGCCCUGCAAUAUCAUCUGUUUGCAUCGACCUAGAUUCCCGGCCCAAACCAUCGGGAAUUGAUGUGAAUGUGAGCCCAGCUAAUGCUCAUGAUAUUGAUAUUUCAAAAGAUCUUAAACAAGAUGGAAUGGUUCCUUCUCUGUCGGCUGGGCCUAAUGAUGUCUUUUGGCAACAGUUUCUUGUGGAGGCUCCCGGUUCGUCCGAGACUCAAGAAGUGCAAUCGGAAAGAAGAGAUUUAGAUGAUAGGCGGGAUCCUAGCGUGCCGUUAGAUGCCCGCAGAACUUGGUGGAACUUUGAGAAGCUUAUCCCACAGAUGGGGCAUUUUGCUUGA